AUGGGGGCAAUGGGGGGCGCGCACAUGGGGGGGCCGCGGCAGCACGUGGGUCCGGCGUUCCAGGUGGUGGCGUGCAGCCUGCCCCACGUGGUGUCGGUGGCGGUGCUGGGCGCGUGUGGGCACCACGACGCGGCACUCAAGGCGGCGAAGCUGCCCGCCCUGCAGAAGCCCACGGCGCUGUGGGGCUUCAGCCGCCUGGCGGACGGCUCCGUGUGGAGCGACGAGCGCUGCCUGCGCCGCCUGCGCCCCGCCAUUCUGGGCAAGGAGGGGCCGGGCGGGUGGGCAGCGGUGGACCUCAACGAGGGCUUCGAGGGGUUUGUGGCGAAGCGGGACGGUGGAGAGGCGCACGAGGGAGGCAGAGGAAAGGGGGAGGAGGGCGACACGGGUGGUGAUGGGGUUGGCAGUGCUGGCGGCAGUGGCGGUGGCGGAGGUGGUGGUGAGGGCGAGAGUGGGUUUGCGGAUGUGCUGCGCGGCAUGCGAUGGGUGCUGAAGAAGCAGGUGGCAGCACUGCAGCCCGGCAUGGCGCCGGACCGCCUGCACUUUGUGACGUUCCGCCACAACCUGAACAAGCUCAUGGGCGUCUGCUACAACCGCCACGACGCGUGGCAGAUGGGCGUGCACAAGCGCCUGGGGUCCGUGUACCUGCACGUGCACAGAGCGCCGGGCGACCAGCAGCACAAGUCAGAGCAACACCGGCGGUUUGAGUUCUACGGGUACGCGUUCGAGCGCGCUGCAACGGAGCCAAGGAAAACUGGCACAGGGGAAGGUGGAGGAGGAGGUGGAGGGGAGGAGAGUACGGUGAUAGAUGCUAACGAGGAGUUCUGUGCGGUGAUGAAGACGAAGCUGGGAGCGCACCGCGUGCUGAUGGGGGCGGAGAUGGACUGCUACGAGUGGGUGAACGUGCCGCAGGCCGGCAACGCGCCGCCCAGGCCCGAGCGGAUCUUCGUGGAGCUCAAGACGAGCGUGCUGCCGGAGAGCGACGGGCAGCGCGAGCGGUUUGAGCGCGACAAGCUGCUGCGGUGGUGGAUCCAGUCGUUCGUGGCGGGCGUGGGCGCCAUCGUCGUUGGAUUCCGGGACACGCGGGGGCGCCUGGUGAGGGUGGAGCGGUGGAGCCUGGGGGAGGUGACGAGGCGGGUCAAGGGCAAGGACUACUGGGAGGCGGGGUCGGUGCUGACGUUCACGGACCAGGUGCUGACGUGGCUGUACGGCAGCGCCCAGGAGGGCGGCAACUACGUGCUGCGGUUCGUGCCGGCGCAGAGCCGCCUGGAACUGGCGGCUGCUGACGGCUGCCCCGCGUUCAUUGAGCAGCACUGCCAGGAGCUGGCCGCCAUGGGCAUCACCUGA